CAAAAGGAAACAAAGCCUUCGUCUCCAAUCAGCGUGCUCUUCGUCGAUUUCAGGUAUCAAAACCCUAGCAAAUUUUACUGGUCUUGCGAGUUUUUCUGUAUCGUAGAUCUGACAAUUUAAGGAUGGUUUCGCGAACAAAAGAGCCGAGUUUGAAGAAACUCGAGUAUCUUUCACUCGUAUCGAAGGUAUGUACGGAGCUUGAAUCGCAUUUAGGGUUUGGUGAUAAAGUAUUGGCUGAAUUUAUCACCGAGAUAGGACGAAAGUGUGGAACGGUGGAUGAAUUCGAUAGUAAGUUGAAAGAAAACGGUGCUGAAAUGCCGGAUUACUUUGUUCGGACUUUGUUGAAAAUAAUCCAUGCUAUUUUGCCUCCAAAGGCGAAAUCAGGGUCUGUUAAGGAUACUGGUAAGAAUGAUGGUGGUGGAUCGAAGUCGAAUUUUCCAGCUUUGAAUAUUGGGGAUAGUAAGGAUCGGGUGAAGGCGUUGGAGAAAGAGAUUGAGAUGGAAGCUAAAGAGAGGAUUAGGAAAAAUGGUGGAGAUGAAUAUGAAGGCAGGAGUCAGAGAGACAGGGAUGGAGAUCGAAGUAGAGGUAGGGAUAAGAGGGGCAGCCAGAAGGUCAGAGACGAUGAUGAUAUGGAUGAUAGAUACGAUAGGCGAAGAGGAGACAAAGAUGAUAGAGGUAAUCAUGGGGGUAGGGAAAGACACAGGGACCGAGAUAGGGAUCGUAAAUAUGAUCGUGCAAGGGAUGAAGAUGAUAUUGAUCGGAGGGAUAACGAAAAAGAUAGGAGCGAGAAGAAGAGUUAUGGGCACCAAUCAGAUAAACCUGAACUUUAUCAGGUCUAUAAAGGCAGGGUGUCUAGGGUAAUGGAUAGUGGUUGUUUUGUUCAGCUUAGUGAUAUCAAGGGUAAAGAGGGUUUGGUCCACGUGUCACAAAUGGCUACAAGGAGAAUAUCUAAUGCAAAAGAUGUUGUUAAGCGGGAUCAGGAGGUUUUUGUGAAAGUGAUUGCAAUAUCAGGUCAGAAAUUGUCUCUCUCAAUGAGGGAUGUUGAUCAGAACACUGGGAGGGACUUGCUGCCAUUGAAGAAGAGCGGUGAUGAUGAUUCAUUAAGGACCAACCCCUCGAGUGGAUCAAACAAUGCUGUGUCUACAUCCAGGACAGGACUCUCAGGGAUAAGGAUUACAGAUGAGGAUGUUGGGGUUCCUUCACGCAGGCCUUUGAAGAGAAUGAGUUCUCCGGAGAGGUGGGAGGCAAAGCAGUUGAUUGCUUCAGGUGUUCUAAGUGUGAAAGAGUAUCCUAUGUUUGAUGAAGAAACUGCUGAUGGAAUGCUUUAUCAAGAAGAAGGUGGUGAUGAAGAGCUUGAGGUUGAGUUGAAUGAAGAUGAACCAGCCUUUUUGCAAGGGCAGAGCCACUAUUCAAUGGAUAUGUCACCUGUCAAGAUCUUCAAAAAUCCUGAGGGUUCUUUGAGUCGUGCAGCAGCCCUACAAUCUGCUCUCAUAAAAGAAAGGAGAGAAGUGAGGGACCAGCAGCAAAGAACAAUGCUCGACUCUAUCCCAAAAGAUCUGAAUCGUCCAUGGGAAGACCCGAUGCCCGAAACAGGUGAGAGACAUCUGGCACAGGAGCUGAGGGGAGUUGGGUUGUCAGCAUACGAUAUGCCUGAAUGGAAGAAGGAUGCUUUUGGUAAAGCAUUAACAUUUGGUCAAAGAUCAAAGCUUUCUCUCCAAGAACAGAGGCAAAGCUUGCCUAUAUACAAAUUGAAGAAGGAACUGGUUCAGGCUGUGCACGAUAAUCAGGUUUUGGUUGUCAUAGGUGAGACUGGUUCAGGUAAGACAACUCAGGUGACGCAGUAUCUAGCCGAAGCAGGUUACACCACCAGGGGUAAGAUAGGAUGCACCCAGCCCCGUAGGGUGGCUGCAAUGUCUGUGGCCAAGAGAGUUGCUGAAGAGUUUGGUUGCCGUUUAGGGGAGGAAGUUGGAUAUGCCAUUCGUUUUGAAGAUUGUACCGGCCCAGAAACUGUGAUCAAGUACAUGACCGAUGGUAUGCUUUUGAGGGAAAUUCUGAUCGACGAGAACCUAUCUCAAUACUCGGUGAUCAUGCUUGACGAAGCUCAUGAGAGAACAAUGCAUACUGAUGUCCUCUUUGGGUUAUUAAAAGAUCUUGUGAAAAGAAGACCCGACCUUCGUUUAAUCGUCACUUCUGCCACAUUGGAUGCCGAGAAGUUUUCUGCGUAUUUCUUUAGCUGCAAUAUCUUCACAAUUCCUGGAAGGACAUUUCCUGUGGAGAUACUUUACACCAAACAGCCGGAAAGCGAUUAUCUUGAUGCAGCUCUAAUUACUGUAAUGCAGAUCCACUUAACAGAGCCUGAGGGUGAUGUGCUUGUCUUUUUAACGGGUCAGGAGGAAAUUGAUCAUGCUUGCCAGUGUCUAUAUGAAAGGAUGAAAGGGUUAGGUAAAAAUGUGCCUGAAUUGAUCAUAUUACCGGUUUACAGUGCACUUCCUAGUGAAAUGCAAUCCAGAAUCUUUGAACCUGCCCCUCCUGGGAAGAGGAAGGUGGUUGUUGCCACCAAUAUUGCUGAAGCUUCUUUAACAAUUGAUGGGAUUUUCUAUGUUAUUGACCCUGGAUUUGCUAAGCAAAAUGUGUAUAACCCUAAACAGGGUCUUGAUUCACUUGUGAUUACUCCAAUAUCUCAGGCGUCAGCAAAGCAAAGAGCCGGGCGUGCAGGCCGUACAGGGCCCGGAAAGUGUUACAGACUAUACACCGAAAGUGCUUUCAACAACGAGAUGUCUCCUACCUCAAUUCCCGAAAUUCAAAGGAUAAAUCUUGGAUUGAUAACUUUGAAUUUGAAAGCUAUGGGGAUAAACGAUCUUCUUUCUUUCGAUUUCAUGGACCCACCUUCUCCGCAAGCUCUAAUUUCUGCUAUGGAACAGCUCUACAGUCUUGGAGCUCUUGAUGAAGAGGGGCUUCUAACCAAAUUGGGUCGGAAAAUGGCAGAGUUCCCACUGGAUCCUCCAUUGUCAAAGAUGCUUCUUGCUAGUGUUGAUUUGGGUUGUAGUGAUGAGAUUUUGACUAUCAUAGCUAUGAUUCAAACCGGGAACAUCUUCUACAGACCAAGGGAAAAGCAGGCACAAGCAGAUCAAAGAAGGGCCAAGUUCUUUCAACCUGAAGGAGAUCAUCUGACUUUGCUUGCUGUUUAUGAAGCUUGGAAAGCCAAGAACUUUUCUGGGCCAUGGUGUUUUGAGAAUUUUGUUCAGGCUAGAUCACUAAGGAGGGCGCAAGAUGUUAGGAAGCAGCUUUUAUCGAUCAUGGACAAGUACAAAUUGGACGUCGUGAGUGCCGGGAAGAACUUUACAAAGAUCCGAAAGGCAAUUACAGCCGGUUUUUUCUUCCAUGCUGCCCGGAAGGACCCACAAGAAGGAUACCGAACUAUAGUCGAGAACCAGCCUGUUUAUAUACACCCAAGUAGCGCCCUUUUCCAGCGUCAACCCGAUUGGGUGAUCUAUCACGAGCUAGUCAUGACAACAAAAGAAUACAUGCGUGAAGUUGCGGUCGUGGAUCCAAAAUGGCUAGUCGAACUUGCACCAAGAUUCUUUAAAGUGUCGGAUCCCACAAAGAUGAGCAAGCGGAAGCGCCAAGAACGGAUUGAACCUCUUUACGAUCGGUACCACGAACCCAAUUCAUGGCGGUUGAGUAAGCGCCGUGCGUGAUCAAUGGCGUGUGCGAAGUAGUACCUUUUUUUACUUGUAACACAGUUAUGUUGUUUGAUUUCUUUUUGUCCACCAUGUACAAGAAACCCCGUAAAUUUAUAGCCUUUUUAUCGUAACCGUAUGUUGUAGAGUUGGAUCUCAAAUGGUAAGCGCCGAGAAUCUUAUCCAACAAGUGAGAGUGGCAAACUUUGCUCAAUUAAUGGAACAGUCAUUUCUCUUUUUGAGGUA